GGAGGUUUUGCUCUACAAGCUGCAGUCUACCAUGGGCACAAACAGAUUGUGAAACUCCUUGCUGACAAGGGUGCAAAUGUGAAUGCGCCUAUUAAUUAUGAUUAUCAAAGAACACCACUACAAGAAGCAGCUGCACACGGAUAUGAAUCCAUUGUGAAACUGCUUCUUGACAAAGGUGCAAAAGUGAAUGCAGAGGCGGCUGGAUAUGGAUCUGUAGGAAGGACAGCGUUGCAAGCAGCAGCUGAAUGUGGAGAUGAGUCCGUUGUGAAACUGCUCCUGGAAAGAGGUGCAGAAGUGAAUGCAGAUGCCAAUCAGUAUGGUGGAAGAACAGCAUUACAAGCAGCCACCGAACAUGGAUAUGAGACAAUUGUGAAACUACUUCUUGAGAAAGAUGCAAAAGUGGAUGCAGAUGCUGUUGGAUAUUGUGGAAAGACAGCAUUACAAGCUGCGGCUGGUAAUGGACAUGAGGUCAUUGUGAAUUUGCUCCUUGAUAAAGGUGCAAAGGUAGAUACAAAUGCUCAUUGGUGGGGUGGAAGAACAGCAUUACAAGCAGCAGCAGAACAUGGACAUGAGUUCAUUAUGAAGCUGCUUUUUGAGAAAGCAGCAGCAGAACAUGGAUACGAGUCCAUUGUGAAAUGGCUCCUUGAUAAAGGUGCCAAAGUGGAUACAGAUGCUGCUUCUUAUUACGGAAAAACAGCAUUGCAAGCAGCAGCAGAACAAGGAUAUGAGUCUAUUGUGAAACUACUUCUUGAGAAAGGUGCCAAAGUAGAUACAGAUAACAAUGGGACAAAGGCAUUGCAAGCAGCAGCAGAACACGGAUAUGAGUCCAUUGUGAAACUACUUCUCGAGAAAGGUGCAAAGGUGAAUGCAGGUACCAAUGGGACAAAAGCAUUGCAAGCAGCCGCAGAACAUGGAUAUGAGUCCAUUAUGAAAGUUCUUCUCGAGAAAGGUGCAAGGGUGAAUGCAGAUGCUGAUUACUAUGGAAAAACAGCAUUACAAGCAGCAGCAGAACAUGGAUAUAAGUCUAUUGUGAAACUGCUCCUGGAACAAGGUGCGGAAGUGGAUGCUGCUUACCAUGAAGAGACAGCAUUAGAAAUAGCAGCAGAAUAUGGAUAUGAGUCUAUUGUGAAACUGCUUCUUGAUAAAGGGGCAAAGGUGGAUAGAGAUACAUAUUGGAGAACAGCAUUACAAAGAGCAGCCAGUCAUGGAUAUGAGUCUAUUGUGAAAUUGCUUCUUGAGAAAGGUGCAAAAGUGAAUGCAGAUGCAGAUUGGUGGGGUGGAAGAACAGCAUUGCAAGCAGCAGCAGAACAUGGACAUGAGUCCAUUGUGAAAUUGCUUCUUGAAAAAGAUGCAAAAGUGGAUGCAGAUGCUGCAGAAUAUCACGGAAGGACGGCAUUGCAAGCAGCAGCUGAAUAUGGAAAUGAGUCCAUUGUGAAACUGCUUCUUGAGAAAGGUGCAAAAGUGAAUGCGGAUGCUUCUUAUUAUGGAAGGACAGCAUUGCAAGCAGCGGCUGGACGUGGGCAUGAGUCUAUUGUGAAAUGGCUCCUCGACAAAAGUGUGAAAGUGAAUGCGGAUCCUGCUGAGAAGGGUGGAAGAACAGCACUACAAGCAGCAGCUGAAUAUGGAAAUAAGUCCAUUGUGGAACUGCUUGUUGAGAAAGGCGCGAAA